AUGUACAGCUUCAAUACUCUUCGACUCUACCUUUGGGAGACCAUUGUAUUCUUCAGCCUUGCUGCUUCUAAGGAGGCUGACGCUGCCCGCUCCGCGCCCAAGCCUAUGUCACCCUCGGAUUUCCUGGAUAAGCUAAUGGGGAGAACCUCUGGAUACGAUGCCAGGAUCAGACCCAACUUCAAAGGUCCCCCGGUGAAUGUGAGCUGCAACAUUUUCAUCAACAGCUUCGGCUCCAUUGCUGAGACAACCAUGGACUAUAGGGUCAACAUCUUCCUGCGACAGCAGUGGAACGACCCCCGGCUGGCCUACAAUGAGUACCCGGAUGACUCUCUGGACCUGGACCCAUCCAUGUUGGAUUCCAUCUGGAAACCUGACCUGUUCUUCGCCAACGAGAAGGGGGCCCACUUCCAUGAGAUCACCACAGACAACAAACUGCUGAGGAUCUCCCGGAAUGGAAAUGUCCUCUACAGCAUCAGAAUCACCCUGACACUGGCCUGCCCCAUGGACUUAAAGAAUUUCCCCAUGGAUGUCCAGACGUGUAUCAUGCAACUGGAAAGCUUUGGCUACACCAUGAAUGACCUGAUCUUCGAGUGGCAGGAACAAGGAGCUGUGCAGGUGGCAGAUGGACUAACACUACCCCAGUUUAUCCUGAAAGAGGAGAAGGACUUGAGGUACUGCACGAAGCAUUACAACACAGGGAAAUUCACCUGCAUUGAGGCCCGGUUCCACCUGGAGCGACAGAUGGGCUACUACCUGAUCCAGAUGUACAUUCCCAGCCUGCUCAUUGUCAUCCUUUCAUGGAUUUCCUUCUGGAUCAACAUGGAUGCCGCGCCAGCCCGUGUGGGCCUGGGCAUCACCACUGUGCUCACCAUGACCACCCAGAGCUCUGGCUCCCGAGCAUCCCUGCCCAAGGUGUCCUAUGUGAAAGCCAUUGACAUUUGGAUGGCAGUGUGCCUGCUCUUCGUGUUCUCAGCCCUGCUUGAGUAUGCCGCUGUCAACUUUGUGUCUCGUCAGCACAAAGAGCUGCUCCGAUUCAGGAGGAAGCGAAGACAUCACAAGAGCCCCAUGCUGAAUCUGUUCCAGGAGGAUGAGGCCGGGGAGGGCCGCUUCAACUUCUCUGCCUAUGGGAUGGGCCCAGCCUGUCUGCAGGCCAAGGAUGGCAUCUCAGUCAAAGGCGCCAAUAACAACAACACCACCAACCCCCCUCCCGCGCCGUCCAAGUCCCCGGAGGAGAUGCGAAAACUCUUCAUCCAGAGGGCCAAGAAGAUUGACAAAAUAUCCCGCAUUGGCUUCCCCAUGGCCUUCCUCAUCUUCAACAUGUUCUACUGGAUCAUCUACAAGAUUGUCCGCAGGGAGGAUGUCCACAACCAGUGA